AUGUUUUCAUCCACAGUUUUCGUUUCGGGGAACGAUAAAGAGGAACAGAUUUCCUGCGAAUGCCUUCGAGACAUUACGUGCCCAGUGGAUAUGCUGGGAAUUUGCCAACAUAUCUCGACAAGUAACAGAAGAGAACAUUGGACUGAAGGAGUGACUGGUAGCGACUCCGUUGCUAAGUUGCUUUUCUCACGAACUACAUGGACUACUUCACAGGCACCGCAAGAGCUGAAGGUCGCCGGAAGUUCGUCCGUUCGAAGAGGAGGCGCAGCAGCAGACGAAGACAAGACGGAAAGUGCUCCGUCUGUGGCCACUGCAAGGACCACUAAAAAUGAUUUAUCACAUAUUGGACGUUUUCUGCUGAGGCGUUCUGGAGACGCAUAUGCACGUAUGAAGAAAGCUAAUUUGUCCCUGUUGUUUCUGUAUGGUUAG